UAAUUCAGAUUUACUGGCCAUCAUAUACAUGUUCAAUGGAUUAAAUCAAACGAAUGCUAAGUUGAUGGGAUAAUGUCUAUGUACACUUUAUACAAUUAUUUAUAGUUCACAGUCACUUCUCAUUUUCAUUUCAUCAUUUCGACUUCUUCAGCCUUUUGGCCAAAGACAAGAGCUUGUCAGUCCUCUGUUUUUUAUACCAGCAUCGAUUUCACGUACCUUCGCUUCGUCUCGCUUGUCAAUUGUACUCGGCAUUUUGAGUAAAAAAGACGAUACGAAAGAGAAACGUAUUUUUGAAGCGCAGCGACGAUGAACAUGUGCAAGUUUCGAUAAAAUAGAACAGAUGCGGGUACUUUUGUAAGAACUGUUAUGAUUGGCUUUUGUUCUCUCCCACACUCUUGUAAGAACGGUUAUGAUUGGCUAUCAUGCUCUCGCCAGCGAUGUUUUGGCCAAUUACAUUGUAGAUAACACGUAUUCUACUGCAAGACUUAGCGAGACUAAAGAUGGCGAAAAUGUAAACAUGUAACAUCGUCGUAUGCUUGGGUAUCACGAAGGAACAUACCCCAACCCCCCUCAAUGAAAAAAAAAAACUCAACGGAUUUGGCAUAAUUUCGAUUUUCGCUCAGAAAAAGCAGAAAACUCUCAUCCCUGUGUCACUUUAAAGGUCAUAGGUGAAACGUAGAAUAUCAACUUUACUGUCUAGAAGAGCGACCCAAAAAGUGAAUUCAAUCUUCCUGGUGUCUAAUUUGCACCCUAAAAUUGAAUAAAAAUGGUUAAAAUAUACCACUUUGCCCAAUUUCUGAAGGUUUGUUUACAUCUCAUUUAUGCGCACUUUUACCGCCAGGGGAACGUCAUCAUGACGUCAUUUAAGCCAAACAGACUGGGAGCAGUUCUGUGUUUACUUGUGAACCGAGCAUAUGUGUACAGACUUGGGUCGUGAGAGGUUGCAUAAAGUGUCUGAAAGCGAUAGCGAUUUUGAAGUAGGAAGUCUCCAAAUUGAAUAUCAAGAGGUGAAACCAUAUAUGUAUGAACCUAUGGCUGUUGCAAAGCAAUCGGUGAAUGUGGCUCACUGGUUUGACCGUGCGGCCUCGGAAUCAGACGGCGACUCGGCCGACUCUGAUCGCGGUGACCCCGGACCUCAACAAGAUUCACGCCCAAACGAUUUAUCCUGGUAAUUAUGAUAAAUUCUUACUUUCGUCGUAAUACUAAAUAAGAGCCCUUUUGAAGAAUAAUUAAACCGCCCUCCCUAGUGGAUAUAGGUAACGAUUACUUGACACAGUGUUUCCCACACAUUGAUGAGACUAUGGCGCCCCGCCAUAGUCUAAUUUGGGCCGCCAUAGUCUCAGUCCGCGCCCGCCCGCCCGCAUGGCGACACUGACACACCUGGCCUGACAUUGCGUGCAUUGCCUAUCUAAGACAGCGUGAGGAGACAACUCUGAUAAGCUACAUCCUGUCUGCAUCUACAUGUUAAGGACACUUGUUGCUAUGUUGAAAUAAAUUAGAUAUGACUGAUGUGGAGGCAACAUAUGAAGACUUCAUAGCCUCUGGAAGGACGGGCAGAAGGAAUGCAGUGCAUGACAUCCUGGGAGAAUCGGGAGGACUGGAUGCUAGCGGACUCUCGCAGACACUUUCAGAGCUCAACAUCAACAAAACAGAUGAAGGGAAUGAUGGAGAGAAAAGCUCGAGCUCCUCAGACUCCGAUCCCAAACCAGAGGCGAGCAAAGCAGAGGGAACAUAACGGCCUCCUGUGCGAUUAGGAGGAGGAAGGAAAAACGUCUCAUCAGCUCUAUCCUGUGGCGAUUUGAAGACUGGACAUGGCCAAGCAGAAGCAGCGGCGCCCUCUACUGGUCUGCCCUGGACUCAGUAGAAGCACUGCCUUCAAUAUCUUCAGAGGAAAAGGCUGGACUUGUAGCUUCAGCACUGGAUGAAGCGUUAAUCACUUAAGUACCAUAGCUGAUGUAGGCACUCCCCUAGCUAAUCACUGUUAGCUGUUGAAAUGGAGCUAAACCCAUCAGACCUUCCAGACUCGGACCCAGAGCUACUCAAGACAUAGCUGGAGAUUUGUAGGAUCUUCUCACAGCAUUUGACUUUCCGUCAUGGAGUCAUGGAGGGAUACGUUUUUGAGCCGCAAGUCCACUGCCAAGUUAGCCAUGCUAAUAUAUUUCAGUGUUCUUAAUAUGUACGAGUAGCAGUGAUGUUGUAAUAGCCUACAUUUUUAAAUAUUUUAAUGAGGUUUUGUUUUUCACUUAAUGUUUCAGCUGAUGUGAUCGAAUACACGCAAGAAACGAAGUUUCACGUAACACAGAUGCUGCACCGUGACUGUCGGACAAAUUAAAUGUCUCUGAAAAGUGGUUUAAAAAGUGAUGCAUGACACCUAAAUAUAUUCAAUAUGUUCAGAGGAUGUACAUGUAUAAAAUAUGCAGCUGUGUAAAAGUGAGCUAAUUGUUUAUGGUAUUUUUCUUUUAUGGAGCUUGUGAUUUUUAUUUUUAAUAAGAAAACAAAACAAAAAUGAAU